CAGAGCGUGUAGGUGGGAUCAGGUUUCAGCUAAGAGUUGUAAAACGGAUAAAAACGGAUGUAAAAUUUAAUGGAUGUGACAGAUGUCGCUGCUUGGCGAAAGGACGCCAUCGGGUUUUAAGAUGGGGCAAAGGCACACCGUAUGGCGGCUUCAUCCCAUUUCCUGCAUCGAUGAAGGAACGAGCAAGACAGCGAUCAGUUUGUGAGUCUGCAGUCAUGUCAGCACCAACGUCUAUGAGAGCCAGUAAAGCUGGUCACAACGAUGUGGGUCACCGGCGCAAGAGGGAACCAGCAGGAGCGUUGGCAACGGCGUAUCUGGUCAUAUACAAUGUAGUCAUGACAGCUGGGUGGCUGGUCAUCGCUGUAGGGCUGGUGCGCGCAUAUCUCGCCAAAGGCAGUUUCCAUGGCUUGUACUACUCCAUAGAAAAGCCUCUGAAAUUCUUCCAGACUGGAGCCGUUCUGGAGAUAUUGCACUGUGCCAUUGGCAUUGUGCCCUCGUCUGUGGUCCUGACGGGGUUCCAGGUGAUGUCCCGUGUGUUCCUCACUUGGGCUGUGACUCACAGCGUGAGAGAGGUUCAGAAUGAGGACAGUGUUCUCCUCUUUGUGGUUGCCUGGACCAUGACCGAGAUCGUUCGUUACUCCUUCUAUACCUUCACCCUGCUCAACCACCUGCCAUACCUCAUCAAGUGGGCCAGGUACACGCUCUUCAUUGUGCUGUACCCCAUGGGUGUGUCGGGUGAGCUGCUGACCAUCCACGCGGCCCUCCCCUACGUCAAGAAGACUGGCCUCUACUCCGUUACACUGCCCAACAAUUACAACUUCUCCUUCAGCUACCACACCUUCCUCAUCAUCACUAUGGUUGCGUACAUCCCCCUCUUUCCACAGCUCUACUUCCACAUGUUGUGGCAGAGGCGAAAGGUCCUGGGCCAUGUGGAGGACCGCAGUAAAGCGGAAUAAAUGCUGCACAGAUCAGACUUUGACAGGGAAUUAAAACAGCCCCAACAAACCCCGCCUGUCUGCUCAUGGAAGACACCCUGAUCAAAAUAGGCUGACUUUGGAAUACAGUGGAAAUUUCAAAGGACUACUGUGUGGAAUUCUGCCUUUGUCGAAAACAGUUAAGUAAAAAAUGUUUUUGUUUUCCUGAAAGGUGUUUUCUCUGUGAAAAAGAUUUUUUAAAUGGUAUAUUUAAAAAAAUCAUUCAAAGGCAGGAUUCCUUUAUUGGUUAUGAUUUUGGAUAUAAUUCAACACGCCAAUAUGAUAUUGUAGGUGAGAGAUUGUUGCAUUUAUGCAACAGCAACUCAUGUAACAUGUACAUGUAAAAAAUAACCACUGUCCUUUGUUGAUACAUGGCACUUUUCUCAACAAGAGCUGCUAUGUCAUUUGAGGUCUUCUCAAUUUACCAGGGAAAUUAUAUCCAUUAAGAAUGGGAAGCAUUUCCAGUAAGGCAGAAUUUGUUUGGGGAAAGAAUUCAUGAACAUAAUGGAUUGACUCUGUGCUGUCAAAUGGUGACUGUUUUAACCAAUCAAAAGAUUUUGCUAUCCGUAGCAAAACACCAUGCUUUUUUGUAAAAAUCACCAUGAUUGUUCAACCCAGUGAGCCACUGAUGACAUCAGCUCUACAUAUUUCAUGGUAAUGAAGCCAACAUUUCCUUCACUAAUAGCAUUGUACCUUUGCUUUGUGUAUUACAUUUUCAAGAGUACUCUUUAGUAGAACCCAAUUAAUAUUUGAACCAGUCACCCUGAUUGCUGAAAAAACUCUCAGUUCAUAGUCCAGGCUCUUUGUCAUGAUUGUCAGAAGCAAUGUUUUCUGAUUGUGGUCUCAGUGUAGUGUCACAGUUUUGAUUUGCGUGCCAAAAUUCAGAGUGUUGACCAUGUGUUGUGAUUGAAAAUGCUGAGUUUGUAAUGUUGUAUAAUUUGAUACAUAAGGGGUCAGUUGGUAUAAUUUAUAACUUAAUGGAUCAUUCAGCUAGCAGGACCACACAGAGUAUGAAUUCAUUUAACAGUUCAUGCUACUGUUAAAGGCAUACUAUGCAGGAUCUCUUUAGCCUUCCUGUGGUCCUGUGUUUACAAUCAAUAAAGUCUCCUCCAUCUUCAACCCCAUCCACUCAUUCAUCUUGAGUGCCAGACGCCAUCUAGCUAACCUAACAUAUCUAGCUGGAUAGCUGGAGGUAACGUUAUUUGUAAGACUAACAGACAUUCUAUGAAAGUGCGUGAAGACAGAGAUUGCCAGUGCAUAGUUAUGACUGAGCAUGGUUAUUCUAAAUAUUUUCAAGGUAAAAUUCCUGUGUAGUAUGCCUUUAACCGAGCAUGAACUUGAAUCCUUUUCAUAAUGCUUACCAAGCACAGUGUCUGUGGCUGGACCUCCUGUGAAAUUUAAUGAACAUCAGUGAAGAUGAUUCUGAUUCUGACAUGGUGGGCAUCAUGCAGAGAGCCCCCAAACCCCAGACACAAGGAGGGUAAUUUUUUUUCCAUCAAUGAAUUAAAUAUAAUAAUUUAUUUUGGGGCAACACAAAGAUGAUGUGAAGACACGCAGAAUUGUUAAUCCGUAAGUAUAAGUACAGACUCAUUCUGCACCUAGUUAACAGCCUGCUUGCUCAGCAUUCAUUAGUCAUUCCUGCUGCUCCGAUGCACCUACUUAUGAUGGACUUGAGGGACAACCCGGGCCCUGCCUAUCUUUUUUCCUCAUUCGUCACGUUUGUAACUUCUCUGACGUUGCAGGGCGAUUUAUGGGUCAACAGAGCAGUAACUAUGUAUUCAUAAAAUUAUUGUGUAAAUAUUAAUGUCUUCUCUUAUUUAUGACCUGUAUUUAAUAACCUGACACAAUCUAUUUAAACAAUGAAAUAACUUUUUUUAAACUGAAUGAGCACUAGUGUCCAGUGUUUCCUUAAAACAUUUAGCAGGCUUUAAAAAAAAAUAAAAGCACAGAUGCAGGCUUAAAACUGACACUGUAUUAGUUGGUAAUCCAGCCAAAGCCAGUGAGUUUCUUUGUUGUAAUAGUGAUUCAGUCAAAAAACAAAAACAAAAAACUUGAGAACAGAGUAGGUAGUUCACCUCUGACUUACUCUAUUUCUUUUAGUCCUUCUUGCUGUUUAAUGGACAAUGAUUGGAGUUUAACAGAGGCUUCUCAGUUAUAGUCCUAAGCAAAUUACAUUUAUUACGACAUCAUUAUUUAAGCAUGUGAAGUCCUGAUUUCAAUGCUCUGUGUCCUUCCCCUGAGAAGUACGAGGGCUUCGUGUGAACUAGAGCCUGUAAUGAAAAUAGUUUCCUCUGCUUGCUUCCUCCCCAUCAGAGAGCAAAUAUGUGACAUUUUGCAGAUGCCGUUGAAGUGUUGAGCUUUUACACACUGCAUGGGACCAUCUCCAGAGUAUGAGACCAGUCUUUGUAUAAUAAAAUCUAUAUAUUUAUAUUUA